AAAGGCAAAUGAAUAUUCAAAUCAUAAAUUAAACCCUCUGGAGAGCUUUCAUUCCAAUACAAGCAUACCACCAAUCUGCAAGACAAAGCAAAGCACAAUCCUUGGAACAACAAAGAAAGAACCAAGAUUUUUUGUCUUGUUUUCUAAUUUAUUUGUUCAGAUUGGUAGAGUCGUUCGUUGCUUUUAAGGAUACUUAAUCCAAUAGUUUUGCUUGUUUGGGUUAAAUUAAACCCAGAUAGACAAAUAAAAAAAUGGUCCCGCGCUUUUCGUAGUCUUCACUUUACUCGAAAAUUUGCAGUUGGGAUUGUGUUUAUAUAUGAGGAGGCUCAUAGCUUGGUGCUUCAGAAGCCGAGUCUCCAAAAGCAAUCAGCAGAAUCAUCCAAAGAGAUCCAAAGAAGAAGCCAUGGAGAACCAAAAACAGACCGACAAUGGCGCCGACCACAAGGAGAAAUUGGUCAAUUCAAGUAGCAGCCAUGCUACAAAUAUCAUACUGAACCAUGAUUUUUCUGGAGGGCUGCAUUCUUGGCACCCCAACUGCUGUGACGGCUUUGUAGUUUCAGCUGAUUCUGGUCACACAGAAGCAAAGUCAGCAGGCAAUAAUUAUGCUGUUGUUAACAAUCGAAAAGAAUGUUGGCAAGGCUUGGAGCAAGAUAUCACUGGGAGAAUUUCCCCGGGUUCCACUUAUAUGGUUUCGGCUUGUGUUGGAGUCUCGGGACCUCUUCAGGGAUCUGCUGAUGUCCUAGCAACUUUGAAACUUGAAUACCAAGGUUCAGCAACUAACUUCUUGUUGAUUGGAAGAAUUUCUGUAUCAAAUGGGAGAUGGGAAACGUUGGACGGAAAGUUUUCCCUGUCAACAAUGCCUGAUCGGGUUGUAUUCUAUUUGGAAGGGCCUUCUCCUGGAGUUGACAUUCUUAUAAAGUCAGUUGUGAUCUCAUCUUCUAGUCCAAAGGAAUGCCAGAAUGGAAGCUCAGGAAAUGUCAAUCUUGGGGAUGAGAAUAUAAUCCUAAAUCCAAAAUUCGAUGAUGGAUUGAAUAACUGGUCUGGAAGAGGCUGCAAAAUUGUUCUGCAUGACUCGAUGGGAGACGGGAAAAUCGUCCCUCAAACUGGAAAGGUAUUUGCAUCUGCAACAGAACGCACGCAGAGCUGGAAUGGCAUCCAGCAGGAAGUCACUGGAAGACUGCAAAGGAAGCUAGCGUAUGAGGCCACUGCUGUUGUUCGGAUAUUUGGUAACAAUGUCACUAGUUCUGAUGUACGGGCUACCUUAUGGGUCCAGUCACCAAAUCAACGUGAACAGUAUAUCGGCAUUGCUAAUGUGCAGGCAACAGACAAGGAUUGGGCACAGUUGCAGGGGAAGUUCCUUUUAAAUGGCUCCCCAUCAAAAGUAGUCGUUUAUCUAGAAGGUCCACCAGCAGGAACGGAUAUUCUUCUCAACAGUUUUGUUGUCAAGCAUGCUGAGCAAGUCCCUCCCUCUCCUCCACCAGUUAUUGAGAAUCCAGCCUUUGGAGUAAAUAUAAUUGAGAACAGCAAUCUAAGUAAGGGCACCAAUGGCUGGUUUCCGCUUGGUAACUGCACUUUGAGUGUCGGAACUGGUUCACCCCAUAUACUUCCUCCAAUGGCAAGAGAUGGCCUUGGACCUCAUGAAUCUUUAAGCGGUCGCUACAUCCUUGUAACAAAGCGCACACAGACUUGGAUGGGUCCUGCCCAGAUGAUUGGUGACAAACUGAAACUCUUUUUGACAUAUCAAGUAUCUGCUUGGGUUCGGAUAGGUGCUGGAGCAACUGGUCCACAAAAUGUGAACAUUGCACUUGGUGUGGACAACCAGUGGGUGAAUGGAGGGCAAGUUGAGGCGAGUGACAACAGAUGGCACGAAAUCGGUGGUUCCUUUAGAAUUGAGAAGCAACCAUCCAAAGUAAUGGUUUAUGUCCAAGGCCCUGCUCCAGGUGUAGACUUAAUGGUUGCUGGAGUUCAGAUAUUCCCUGUUGACAGACGAGCAAGAUUUAAAUACUUGAAGAAGCAGACUGAUAAGAUCCGGAAGCGUGAUGUUGUCCUAAAAUUUUCAGGAUUGGACUCAAGCAGCCUGCUUGGCAGCUUUGUGAAAGUUAAACAAACGCAAAACAGUUUUCCAUUUGGGACAUGCAUAAGCAGAACAAACAUUGACAAUGAAGACUUUGUUGAUUUUUUCGUUAAAAACUUCAACUGGGCUGUAUUUGGAAAUGAGUUGAAGUGGUAUUGGACUGAACCCCAAAAAGGAAAUUUCAAUUACAAGGAUGCUGAUGAGUUGGUGGACUUAUGCAAGAGUCACAACAUAAACAUCCGAGGUCAUUGUAUCUUCUGGGAAGUGGUGAACACAGUCCAACAAUGGAUCCGUUCAUUGAGCCAAAAUGACUUGGCAACGGCAGUCCAAAGUCGGCUCACAGAUCUUCUUACCCGCUACAAAGGGAAGUUCAUGCACUAUGAUGUCAACAAUGAGAUGCUGCAUGGCUCAUUCUAUCAAGACAAGCUGGGUAAAGAUAUCAGAGCAAAGAUGUUCAAGACUGCAAACCAACUGGAUCCAUCUGCAACUCUGUUUGUGAAUGAUUAUCACGUUGAGGAUGGAUGCGAUACUCGAUCAUCACCAGAGAGGUACAUUGAUCAUAUUCUUGAUUUGCAACAGCAAGGUGCACCUGUGGGUGGCAUUGGAAUUCAAGGACAUAUAGAUAGUCCAGUGGGGCCGAUUGUUUGUUCUGCUCUUGAUAAAUUGGGCAUUCUUGGCCUCCCAAUCUGGUUCACAGAGCUUGAUGUGUCAUCCAUCAAUGAACAUGUUCGAGCAGAUGAUUUGGAAGUGAUGCUCAGGGAAGGUUUUGCCAAUCCUGCAGUAGAAGGUAUAAUGCUCUGGGGUUUCUGGGAGUUGUUUAUGAGUCGAAAAAACUCGCAUUUAGUGAAUGCAGAAGGUGAUGUGAACGAAGCUGGAAAACGUUACUUAGAGCUCAAGAAAGAGUGGCUUUCUCAGGCACAUGGCCACAUUGAUGAGCAGGGAGAGUUCAUAUUUAGAGGCUUCCAAGGAACGUACAGUAUAGAAAUUGUCACUGCCUCAAAGAAACUUGUGAAGACAUUUGUUGUCGGCCAGGACGAGUCGCCGGUGGAGGUGCCCGUUGCCCUAUAAAUUUGCUGCUUCACUCAGUGAAGGGGUCAUUAUUUUCAUACCUUGUAUUUCAAAUUUGUGUUGCAUUGUUGUCACAGUCGUGCACAGAAAAAAGGUUCCGCAUGUAUAAAACACAGAAUAAGAAAUAAGAUGAAGUUUGUUGGUUGUGAUCA